GGGUUAAACUGAAUUUGAUCUUUUAAUAUCACUGUUUUCAUACAUUAAGGCACUUUAAGAGUUUGUUGCACUAAGGAUUUUUUUUUUUAGCCUGGCGUCGGUUCACACUCCGCCUUUGCUGCUUGAUCAGCCCUUUAAUUCUAACGGUCUUUCUGCAUAGUUAAUCUAUUUAAAAUGUAAGUGGUGCAACACAACUUGAUUUAAAUAAAACUCAGAUCAACAAAUCCUUGAUUUGUGAUAAACUUUGCUUAAUUUAAUCCUUAUUGGUGCAACCCACCUUAGUGUUUUUCACGUUAGCUUUUUUUAAAAAUCGUCCCGCUGUUUUUAGUGAUUGAAAUCACUGUAUAUGCAUCGCAAGUGCCCAAAACUUGCAUCUUGUUAACAUAUUUUUGUUUUUAAGAUGGGAAAAUUGACAGGCUUGUGCUGCAGUUACAUGGCUGUUUUGCCCUUAAGGGCUCCGUGAUAGUCACGUGACUGAAAACUAUGAAUAGCCUUUGUGAAACUUGCAGCCUCUGUGAAACUAUCUUUGUGAAUAAGCCACUUCCUUGAGGGUAUUAGGGCUAUUCUCAACUUGAAUGUUAUGUUAUGUUAUGUGUGUGGAAUUCAAAAUUCACCUCAGAAAUUAAUCAAUUCAGGACAUUUUUGUUUUUUUACAAAAAAAAAAUAUAAUAUGCUUGUCCGUAUGACAACUAGUUCAACCAUUUGCAAGGAACAAGCUUUCUUUGUUAAUAACUGUUUGCAUGUAGGCGCGCUCUAAAACAUUAAACUGGUGUUGUGCUGGAAACCCUGUAACAAUUUAAUGUAGAAUUUACAUCAAUACGUACAAUAGCAAUUUGUACAUUAAUUUAGAAGCCGAAUGGCUAGUACUGGUUAAUAUUAUACCAUGAAAGUAAGCCAUUUAAUUUGAAGUAUGCAAUGGUAAUUUCUUCAUCUCAAUUUAUUGAAACAAAAGCUAACAACAGUAGUGGAUAUACCAGAACCAAAAAUGUCAAUGUCUCAAUAAUAUGUCAUGUGCCCUUGAGCAUCAAUUACAGCUUGACGACAUCUCAUGCUGUUCACAAGUUGACUUCUUGACUCCUGAGGCAUGGCAUUCCAGUCUUGAAGAGCUGCCCUCAGGUCAUUGAGGUUCUGGGGUGCAGGGUUAUGACCCUCUACACGACAACUCCACUGAUCCCCAUUUGUGGGAAAAAGAAAAGGCUCGACUCCUGCAUAUUUUGGGAUACUAUCUGGACAAGGAGCUUGAAGAAGAUGAUCUAUUUAUCAUUGAAGACGAUCACGAAAAGCCGGUGUCAAUGAUCUCUCCUGCGGAAUUCCAUGACCGUCUCCGCUGCCCACUGUUUGAAGUUUUGAAGUAUCCGUACCUGCUUUGCUACCGUGAUCUGUGUGAUUUGGUGGUAAAGGCCUUGUGCAAGCUGCAGGAUUUGAAUAGCUCUUUAAUUGUGUUUGAGAAGUAUCAAGGAACAUAUCUGCUUCUUGUUCAUCCCAACGAACAGGUGCGCCGUUGGGCAAUCGAUGCUGCAAAGACAUUGAAGAGUGUGGACAGGGACAGCUUCUAUGACCUUCAAGAGAUUUUCACUUGCAUGUUUUAUGUCAUUGAGCUUGGAAUAUCUUUGGAUUUUCCAGACUUGGAUCCUGAGGCUUAUGCAGGGGGCACUGUAAAAAUGCUGCCGUCUCACCUCUAUGAUUCACAAAAUAAGAAGAACUAUUGGCUAGGCAUCUGUAUGUUGCUAACGCAGCUCAGCGCUGAGGCAAUGGACUCUCUGUUCAUGGGAGAGUUUAACAUCCCACUUUGCAUACUCAACACAAUGGAUAGGUUGAAAAAUGAGGAUAACCCAGCUUCUGACCCAUUCUGGCCAGCCCUCCACUGUUUUAUGGUAAUUCUGGACCGACUUGGUUCUAAGAUCUGGGGUCAGGUUGACCCUAGUAUGGCUUUCCAGACUAUCACUGGAGCAGCCAGCUAUGAUGCAGAAAUAAGAAGCAUCCAGCAAAAAACCAUAGGGAUGGUUAAAGAAGAGCCAGAAUAUGAUGACAAUGUGGUGACUUGCAGUCAGAUGGUGUACGACUGUUAUGCCUCAGAAAAACCGAACCAAGCAUCUGGUUCAACAUCCAACAGUGGUAUUUGCAGUAACUAUGUGAUCUAUGAGGAUAUGCAGUCCUUGGUUAAAGUGCUUGAUUCUGAAAUGGGCCGGAGUAUGCGUGUAUAUGGAAGCACUUUUCUGUGGUUUAUUCCAUUUGUGCGUUCCAUAAUGGAACUUCCAGAGCUCAACGCCUCAUAUAUUAGUGAAGUCAUUCACUUUCUAUGUGAUAAGAUACUAGCUAAUCGACACGUACUGACUGGACAGACAAGUGCUUGCGAUAAAGUGACCGAGUUCUUCACCCGUAUCCUCAUUCAAAUUGUUGAGCUACACUCUACAGAAGGACGGAUGGGAAUACUUUCUCGCUGUGCCCCCAAGUGGGUGGAAGUGAUUGUCAUGUGCAUCGUCCUAUCGGAUGAACCACAUGGACCACCAGACAAGAUGGGUGGGAUUCACAGCGUCAGUUCAACCUCAUACAAUCUUGGGAUAGUAGGGAGACUGCCUACAUCUGGAGGUGGUAUUGGUGCCAUAAUUCUAGGCUGUAUGACACUGAUUCGACUGCUGCUGAAAGAAGGUAUAAAGACGGGAUCUGUCCCACGUGCUACCCAUUUUUUGAAUUUGCUUAACAAGCAGCUGCGUGGAGCUACAAACAAACGAUGGAAUCUAACACAUUCUGAGUCUAUUGAGCUUCAAAGGUGUUUAAAAAGUGUAGUCCGGUCGAUGCAAGAAAAACCUGCUUCUGCAUCCUCUGUUGUUCCAUCCCCAUCUACAUCAUCAUUAGAGGCAGCGACAAACACAGUUAUUUCCAGAAAAUCAAUGCCAACCCUGAAACCACAACAUGAGGACCAGAAGGCAGGUCCAAGCAGAGCCUGUGGCUCCUCUUUUAUUAAAGAGGAGCCACUUUGGAAUGAUGAAAAUUGCUUCUUUGAUAAAGAGUUAUGCAGCGGUCUUGAGAACAUCAUGAAGGCUAAAAAGGAACCUCCUGCCCCCAUGUUAAUUUCAGAGCUGAGACCGGCUGUUGAGUUGGCACAAAUUAAACCAGAUCUGGAUAAGCUGCAGGAAAUUCGAUCCAAAUUAAAUAACCAGAAUUUGUCAAAGAUCGAAGCCAUUACCAAAAGAAGGCAGAGUGAGUCCUUAAAACCUGUUCACUUGGCAUCAGCUAAGGAGGAUCUUGGUUUUAGAGCUGUUGAGGGGGAUGAUGAUGAUGAGGAUGAUGAACCCCUCAAUGUCAGACGAGCCCGAUUGAUGAAAUCCUCUAGCUACAAGAUUGAAUCUAGUGACUCUGAAGUUGACUCUAGUGAUGUUGGAAAAACGCAUGCCAGGUCCACAGGCAACUCUAAGGAAAAUGUAGAGUCCAGUACCAUUGUUAUCUCUGAUGAUGAAGAUUCUGAUAAUGAUGAAAGGCCAAAUGACAUCCUGAGGUCUAUUGACAAGGAAUGUACAAUGAAAAAUAAAUCUCUAGAACAUCCUGUUUUGCCUGAGAGUCCAGGGCGUGAUUAUGAUGAUCUCAGUGAAUCACAAGUGUUUGAGUUUGAGACCCAGCAAUAUGUGGCAUCUGCCUGGGAUUAUUCAGAAUUUGAGGCAGCAGUCUUAUCAAAGAAAUCAGACCAAACACUCAAACCACAGGUGGAAAAAGCUCCUCAUGAAGCGUCUCCCUCAGGUAGUUCAGAUACUGAAAUGAUUCCAGAUGAGGACAUUGAGAGGGCCUGUCGGCAAGCAGAAGAGAAGAUCAGACAACGACCGCAGCCACAAGAGCCAGCAGAUUCGUGUGCAUUGUCCAAAGAAUCCAGUACUGCAGAAAGCUGGGACAAAUUUGUCAAACCAAAACCUGUGCAGGUUAAAAGCACAAAAACAAUUCCAUCUGAGAAGAGAGACCUUUUACAGCCUAAAAAGCCAUUGAUAAUUGAUGCCCUUGCCCAAAAAGUCAGGCGCAACCCAUGGAAACGCAGCUCCACAGUUAUGGACAUAGAACAACCUUCCUCGUCAACUACUCCAUCCUCAUCUGAUAUGCAAUCUUCCUCUCCAUCCUCCAGCUCCGUUUCCUCUCCUUAUUUUUCUGCUUCCACCUCACGUGGCACCCCUGCCAUUGUUCCUCCAAAGAAGGUGCGUAAACUUGCUGAGCCAGAAUCAACAGCAGAGCGUUUGGGAUUAAAAAAGAAGGAAAGAAAAGCCUUUGAUCUUUCUCAGCGUUCCCUGGAUUGUGUGGCUAAACUGAGGUGCCAUGGCCAGAAAGUGCAGGUGAAACCACAACAGAAGGCAAAGCGAGUGUGUCGACCCACUAAGACCUCUCCACAGAAACGUAUAGUAAAAGGCAACAAGAAACUUCUGGGAUCUCAAGAUAUUCAGUUUUUCAGGCAAAGUCGUGAGAAGCAUCAGAGGCCAGCAACAGGAGCGAUCACAACAUUAGCUCCCAAACCAACAAAGACAAAUCAGCCAGGUGAAGUACCCUCAUCAAAACCUACAGUUGCAUGCAAUGGGGAUGGUGAUCUCUUUACUCGCUUUCAACCAGAUCCUGACCAGCAGCAGGAUAAUGAAAAGACCGUAUCAGAAUCCAGUAAUUCUAGAGGUGAUGGGGUUGGAAGUAAUAGGACAAUAAUAGAAUCCAAGUACUUUCAAGCCAGUGAGCCUGCUGAUGUCAACAUAGAAGAAAAAGCCACCCAUGCUUCAAAUGAGGAGGUUGAUGACGAAUGGAUGUUCCUCACUCAGAUGGAACCCACCGACAUGGAAAUGUGUUCUCAAAUGGAGCAGAUUGAGGAUGACAAUGAAGAACUCUUUCUUACCCAGAGAGAUCCUGUUGACAUGGACCUUGAUACAGAUAGUGAGUCGGAUAUCCCAGGUCAACCAGUGUUGACGCAUAAACCUCCUCAUGCCCCUCUUUCGAUUACCAUGUGUAAUGAUGAAAAAGUUGCUGAUCAUUUGUUCUUGAAGCCUGGCAUGCCACCAAUGUCUCAGAAAAAGGCCAAACCUUCUACCACAAAAAUAUACAACCCCAGUUCCCGCAGUGCCUCACUAGUCCUCGAAAUGGAAAAAGGAGCUAAGCCUCCUCCUGCUGCUAAUGUUGCUAAAGCGAAGAUUCCCCGACCACCCCCAGCUAUGCCACCCCCUAAAACAUUCAAGCCUGUGCCUCCUCCACAAUUCCAAAAGCCAUUUCCUUCACAACAAACUCCUCUGCCUCUGGGCCCCAAGUUGGUCACUAGUACUAAAAUAAGCUCUACUUCAGAGCCACCAUCUUACAAGGUAUACCAAAGACCUGAGGCUCCAGUUCAUAAACCAGCACCCACGAUGGAUCAAAGUCCAAAGUUUGACCUUUCAAUCUUGACCCAAGCAAUCCUUAAAUGGGAUUAUGGAAUGCUUGACAAUUACAAAUCAUUUGGGAGUCCAAAUGAUCUAUGCCAGCUGCCGCUGAAGGAGGUGCCAGUUAAGUUCCCUAGCUACCUGGAGUACUUCAACACCUUGUACCCCCUGCUGCUAAAUAAUGCAUUUGAAGAGAUGGCUAAUGAAUGGCUCAAAGAGGGCAGGGUCAAGCUUAACCUAAAGGUCCAGGGAAUAGAAUACAGUAAUCGCACAGCUAGCGCCAGCUUCACAGCGAACAUUUCUCAGGAAAGUGAUAUGAAGCAACGGUACCCAAAAGAAGAUGACCUUGUGCUGCUUUGGCUGCCAGACAACACUGGGGCAUAUGCCCAUGAUGAACCAAAUUUCCAUGAAGCACAUCCUCAUUUUGGUUAUGUAUCCCGGUCCAAUGUUUCCAGAGGUCCAGAUUCCAUGUCAACCCUAAACUUGACAAUUCAGACCCAUGGUAAUGUAUCUUCGGUGAAUGCCCAACCUGUGCUCUGUGAAGUUAUUGGAUCUUUGAUCAGCAUAUUCCGGGAGUUCCGUGCACUGUGUUCGCUGCGAAAUGGAUCAAUGUUGCGUCCUGUUCUUGCUCCACAUGUGUCUUAUUUCACACACAAUCUGCAUAGCCCACCGGAUCUGGAUGUACCAGAGUACAACAGGGACCAGGCAAGAGCAAUAUCCUGUGGUCUUGCCAUGAUACAGAGAAAGGAGAAGACCCCAAAAUUUCUCCUUAUUCAUGGUCCUCCAGGAACUGGGAAGAGUAAAACCAUUGGUGGUCUGUUGUACAAACUACUGUCUUCGGGUAAUAACAGUGCUGGUUCUGCGGGGAACCUUCACUCCAAGACUCGAAGGACACGCGUUCUUCUCUGUGCACCCUCUAACGCUGCCAUUGACAGUCUGAUGAAGAAAGUCAUUGUGAUUUUCAAAGAAAAAUGCAAAAACAGAAACGCUCCUCAAGGUAACUGCGGUGACAUAAACUUGGUAAGACUGGGAAGUGAAAGGACCAUCUCGAAAUCGCUAAAACUUUUCAGCCUCGACCAGCAGACUAAAGCUAGAGCACAGCGAGCCCAGCAAGUUGUAGAAGCUGACGUACAAAGGCGGAAGGAGCAACUGGACCAGAAUAUUGACAAUAUCUCCCAGCGAUGUGCAAAGACACCAAAGGAUUCUACUGAUUUCAAGAGGUUGAUGGAGCAGAAGAGGGAGCUUCUGAAAGAGAGAGAAGGACUGAGUCGGCAGAGUAAAGAGUGUCGUAGUAGGCGUCAAGAGAGUCAAGCAUUUGUGCUGCAGAACGCCCAUGUGAUCUGCUGCACUCUCAGCACCAGUGGAAGUAUUGUCCUCGAGAAUGCAUUCCGUCGACUGGGACAUGAACCAUUUAGCUGUGUUAUCAUCGAUGAGGCUAGUCAGGCCAAAGAAACUGAGACGCUGAUUCCCAUGCUUUACAGAAGUCCUUCCAUAAUCCUUGUUGGUGAUCCCAACCAGCUUCCACCAACCGUUGUCUCCCAGAAAGCAAAGGAGUUUGGCUAUGACCAAUCUCUUAUGGCAAGGUUAUGCAAGAAUCUUCAUCCAUCAAACCCACAACUCUCGCCCAUCCUCCUCCUCAGCGUGCAGUAUCGCAUGCACCCGGACAUCUGUGAAUUCCCCUCAAAGUACAUCUACAACAGUGCUCUUCAGAACGACUGGCAGGGGCAGUGCAGGGAGUAUGAUCAGGAGCAGUGGACUAUAACCAAGUCUGAAUUAAGACUCCUAAGGUCAUUGAGAGGACCGUGCAUGUGUGAGACCGCUCAGAAACGCUGUUCCUUCACCUGGCCCUUCAAGCCUUACAAAGUGUUUGACGUGACGGAUGGGAGAGAGAUGAAGGAAAGAGAUUCAUUUGUGAACCCAAAAGAGGUCAGUUUGGUCUUGCUGCUGUUGAAACUGCUGGGCGAGAAGCAGUCAGUGCGAGUGGGUGUCAUCACACCCUACAAUGCCCAGAAACAACUCAUACUGGAGUCCAUUAGGGGUUCAGGCAUCAACAAACAACUUCAGGUGGAAAUAGAUACUGUCGAUGGCUUUCAGGGCAGAGAAAUGGACUGCAUCAUUGUGUCUUGUGUAAGAGCUAGCAGUGAAAUGGGUUCCAUUGGGUUUGUUGGAAAUCGGCAGAGGAUGAAUGUAACCAUUACCAGAGCCAGAUUUAGUCUCUUCAUACUGGGACAUCUACGCACACUCAGGGAACAAAGUGAUUGGGGAGCGUUGAUUGAGGAUGCUGGGAGACGGGAAGCUAUAAUCAAAACGACGCAAAGAGAUUUUGAAAGCAACGUCAAGAAGAUUCUUAAACGAGAUCCGCCGACUCGCAGUCUCUCUCAUCCCCCUCUUGCGAGAUCAAGCACCGUGACCGCACCUGUUCCGCAUUCUCCUAUGGAAAUCGAGCCCGGCCCCGCGCCACACUCCCACCGUGACAUGAGCAGCGGUCAGGCACAGCAGCCUAUGCCACGUCUGAUACCAUUGGAAUGCCCUAAAGACCCACGGAACAGCGACAGGCCCACAGAUCCACGGUUUACAGAGCGGCGGCCAAUCAGAGAACAGGCACAGGACAGGCGGGGCUUACCGGCGCCACGCCUCCCAACACACAGAGCUAAUUCGUACGAUGCUGACUCUCAAAGUACCGGCCAAUCUUCCAGAUACUCUUCAAAACACCGCGGUUUCUCGCCGCCAAGACGACACAGGAGAUAAAUUCAUUAUCCAUGUUUUUAUUUGUCAUUAAAGCUUCACGGCAAUGCAUUAAGAGAGAUGUUUCUUCCUCAUGUCAUGUUCUGUUUUGAAAGCCCACCAUGCACAAAGAGUCUGUAUUAACUCUUUCUCAGGCAAAGGCAAUUAGCUUGAUGAAUUCGUUUGAUGGCAAUGCUUCCUCCUAAUCAUCCUCUGCUGCUAAACAUGCAGUGAAUAACUAUUUUAUUCAUGAAGAGGGAUGCAACAGAUUUAGUUUUUUGGACCUUGUGCUCAUCUCCCCCCCCCAAAAAAAAAGAAAAAAAGGAAAAGUAUUAAUGCAAUAACUGCACUUUCUUGAGCUGUUGGACUUGUUCAAAAAUAUCCAAUUUUUGGUCUGUAUAGUUUGUCACUUAUUUGAAUGUCGCUUUGCUUUAAGGUUUGUUGCAGGGAAGGGUUUGCUGUGCGAGUGUGUUGUGCAUGAAUGCAGGGCCGUUUGUGUUUGGUUGUUUUAUACUGACUUUUAACAUACAGGAUGUGGUGAUGAGGUGUUUUCUGUUAAAUUGGAUUUAUAUUUGAUUGAGCCAACUGUUAGAAUAGAUUGUACAGGUAAUUUUGAUUACAGCCAUUAUUCAGGAGGAGUUGAAGAAGGCCAAGAACGGAACCAGGGGAAAUCUUCCUUAACAUUUUAAUUUCAAACAUAAGAUGUCAUGUGUUUGAGUUGUAAAUGAGAGUUAAGUUUAACAUUUGUACAGUGGAAGCAUAUAUCAGCCAGACACCUGGAGAUUGAGAAAUCGACUACUGUGGUGUUUUUCUUGAGUUUUAUCUUUUGUGUGACCAGUUUUACAAAAGUGUACGACAGCCUUUGUUUUGUACCAAUGCACUUUUUGUAGACAGGAAAUUAAAAAGUUUCCCUUUUUUUUUUUUUUUUUUCUACUUUUGUAUUAUGAGAAUCACUGCACCAAUUGAUUCUUGAAGCCGUGCAACUGUUCAUGUUAGUGAUCUUGAGUGAUCCACUAAAUCAUAUCAUGGUAGUCUAUUUUUCCCACUGGGAAUCCAUAUUUUUUUAAAUGCACUGAAAUGAAUGAAUACUUUUGUGUAUAUGAACGUUGAUCAAUCAAUAUAUCGACCUCAUUCUCCCUCC